AUGGUGGUCAAUGCCCUUUUUGCCAAGGAGGUCGAGAAGUCCUUGGUGGAGGCGGUGCUGCAUCGACUGUUCGCCUUGUUACAGGAUGGUGCGAUGGAACCAUGCUUCCGGAUGCUCUCGGUGAGUUGGCUGAUUGCAUUGACCACCAAGUUUUCCUUCGAUCUGCUUUGGGCGAGAGUUGAAGAACUUUGCCCUCGGUGGCAUGAUCCCUUGGAGCUCAAGGAAGUGAAACUUCAGGCCCUGCUUUACUGCUUCAAGCUGUCCGGCGGCACGUUGCCGAAGAACCUGUUGAUAGUCCUGGAGUCCUUGUCGGAGUUCAAGUAUUGCCACAGACCAGUUGGGGCCCAUGCUGUGGUCUUCCGCUUUUUGCUGCGGGUGCUCACUGACUUUCCUUCGGAAAUGGAUCGCUUGGAGGUACCACAAGAGCUUUGUGAUAUGCUGCGUUCAUGCCUCGGCGUGCUGCCGUCAGUCCUGGCGCUGAAUCAACGUGUGAAGUCUCAGGCGGUGCAGUACAAGCUGCUCCACUCCCUCGGGAGCUUUGUCUCGUGCCUGGAGCCACCCUCCAGGAUCCAGCGCUACUUCGGGCUUUUGGUGAUCUUGUCGGAAAUCUCUUGGCUGGAUCCCAGCUACGUGCUCACCGCCCUGCACCGCCUGGUGUUCAGUCCUUCGUCCUUGAGUUGGGAAGCCGGAAUGCGUGUUCUGAUCACCUGCCGUCGGAUGAUCCUCUCUCAUCCACAGGCAGUAAUCUACCAGCCAAUGCUGCGGCUUCUACAGCACCUGGCCACCUACCAGUCUGAUGUGGACUUGAGGGACCGAGCGCUGUUGUAUCUCAGGCUCCUGUCACAUUCAGGGCCUGCGGCCCUUGGGGCGCUCUUCAAUCCACACCCUGGCAAUAUGCAGAGGAUGACUCAGAUGCUAUCACCAGUGCUGCCACUAACCGUGCGGCUUGUGAAUGGACCGGUGCCCUUCCUCCGCUUGGUGAAGUCCCCGCAAGAGCGAAAGAGGCUCGGCCUACUGGACAGGCAGACGGCGGUCUUCGUUUUGCCAGGUGAGGAGCUGACCAGCGACUGGGAGAAGAGGUGGGGUGACGCCGGCGUCGAUCAUCAGUUCCCCAAGGAGUGGCACCAGGACUUUGCAGAAACCGACUCUGAAGGUUUGGAUGUGCUGCUGCGGGAGUACAGAAAGCUGUUGCAGGCGUCGCCCAGCAGCAUCCGGCUGCCCUUUGUUCUGCACUACGAGGCGGCAGCGGAUAUGGUCUCUGAGGAGAACGGACUCUUGGAAUCUCCCCGGCAGCUCUUCUCGCUCGAGCUGACCUUCUCCUCGAGUGAGCACUACUUGCCCAUUGAGCCCAUCCGAAUUCCGUUCAUCGCUGCGAGUCAGAUGGAGGAAGAGGAAGAAUCUGGCUUUCCAUGCUUGAACAAGCUGUUGCUCCGACUCCGGCCCUUGAGCCCAGUCCCAACCUCAUUUGGUGUGAACAUUGCCUUCAACGACAGCUUCAGCCAAAUGUACUUAGGACAGCUGGAAGCCUUUGAAGUGGCCUUUCAGGAGCAAACUGGCCUUGCGAAGUGCUGUGAAGUGGUCUAG